CAGAGCCUCUCCUCAGUACUGUCCCUGUGUCCGCCGGUGCAGCAGCUCCGUCUCCUCCUUCCCUGAAGCUGCUGGAAGCUGCCAGAUGUGCGGUAGAUGGAAGAAGACACCCACCAUUCACGGCUCUGCGUCGAUUUUCUCUCCGCUCUGAGGACAAACUGGCACCAAGAGGAGAAAAGACGCGGAGGAGACGCGCGUAAUUUCCUCUGUGCGCCUCCGCCGCGCCAUGCCGCUCCGCCGCUGACCGCCUCCGCUGCUCCGCGUCUUGGAUGAACUUUCUGGCCGCCUGCGGGGACGCGGCCGGUCGCUCCGACAUCAUGAAGACGACGCGGAAAUGUCGCGCCCUGCUGUCAGUGGGUCUGAACCUGGUGGCGUUGUUCUUCUCCACCACCGCCUUCAUCACCACGUACUGGUGCGAAGGAACCCAGCGCGUCCCCAAACCCAACUGCAGCAAGCAGCGGCACCACAACUGCAUCGACUACGGCGUGAACGAGACGGAUCAGAGCAAGGUGCACUACAGCUGGGAGACCGGGGACGACCGCUUCCUGUUCCGCCGCUUCCACACCGGAAUCUGGUACUCCUGCGAGGAGAACAUCCACGAAGCAGGUGAAAAGUGUCGGAGCUUCAUAGAUUUGGCGCCGGCGUCCGAGAGAGGCGUGUUGUGGUUGUCGGUGGUGUCCGAAGUGCUCUACAUCCUGCUGCUGGUGGUCGGAUUCAGCCUCAUGUGUCUGGAGCUUUUCCACUCCAGCAACGUCAUCGACGGACUCAAACUCAACGCCUUCGCCGCCGUCUUCACCGUCCUGUCUGGUCUGCUGGGUAUGGUGGCCCACAUGAUGUACACUCAGGUGUUCCAGAUCACCGUCAGUCUGGGUCCUGAAGAUUGGAGGCCUCACAGCUGGGACUACGGCUGGUCCUUCUGGUCACUUGGCGUGGGGCUCCUUCACCUGCUGCAUGGCCGCCUCAGUCACAACCCUCAACUCCUACACCAAAACGGUGAUCGAGUUCCGGCACAAGAGGAAGCUGUUCGAGCAGGGCCUCCGCGAGGAGCAGAGCUACCUGGACCAGGAGGCCUUCCACUACUUCCGGGACCGAUCCCUGCAGUCCAUCUCCAGCACCGUGGAGGUCUACCCGGGCCACAGUGGGGCCAGGGCAGGCCUUGUUGUCGGGGGGCCGGGUCCAGGGCCCGGUCCCGGUCCUGGUCCAGGUCCGGGACGUGGAAAGAUGAGAUCCGCAUCAGCCUCCAUAGACCUGGGGGAGAACACAGACUCACUGGGGGAGGAGCAAUGCUGAGUCGCCCUCUGGUUUGGGAGGUUUUUGUGGAUUUGUGGACCCAGCCACUGAUUCUUCCACCGACUGAAAGCACAGCAGCUAUUAUUUUCUGUCUGAAGAUGAUUAUUGACAAUCUUGGAGGAAACAAACUAUUAAAACCUGACAGACACGUUUCUCUGUACAUGAAAACCAAUAUAACGUGAAAAACAGGCUGUGAGAUCUGUGACGUUGCGGAUGGACAGUAGCUAGAAUAUGUCGAGGUGCUAUGUGCAGUAUUUUAAAGUAAAAGUGCAGUCGCUGUAGCAAAAGAUAGAAAACACUAAAACGAUAAAAAGUUGCAGUAACAGCUUUACAAGGAGGGUCAAAAACUCAGAGCUGCAACAGGAAAUGUACAGUGACUAUAAAAAGUAUUUACCCCCUGAGUGGUUUUCACCUUUUUAUGCUUUUCAACAAUAAAUCAUGGUCAAUAUAAUUUGGCAUUUGUUGACAAGAAUGUACAAAAGCAGAUUUCAAAUUUCAAAGUUUCUACAAAGUGAUUUCUUGAAAAUAUAAAAAAGCAAUUACAGAAGUAUUCACUUGCAUGAUGCUGCCACCGCCAUGCUUCACGUGAUGAUGCCACCGCCAUGCUUCACGUCUUGAUGCUGCCACCACCGUGCUUCAUAUCAUGACGCCACCACCAUGCUUCACGUCUUGAUGCUGCCACCACCGUGCUGCAUAUCAUGAUGCUGUCACCGCCAUGCUGCAUAUCAUGAUGCUGUCACCGCCAUGCUUCACGUCUUGAUGCUGCCACCACCGUGCUUCAUAUGAUGCUGCCAACACCAGGCUUUACGUCAUGAUGUUGCCUCCACUAUGCUUCACAUCAUGAUGCUGCCACCGCCAUGCUUCACGUGAUGAUGACGCCACCGCCAUGCUUCAUGUCUUCAUGCUGCCACCACCGUGCUUCAUAUCAUGAUGCUGCCAACACCAGGCUUUACGUCAUGUUGCCUCCACUAAGCUUCACAUCAUGAUGCUGCCACCGCCAUGCUUCACGUGAUGAUGAUGCCACUGCCAUGCUUCACGUCAUGAUGCUGCCACCGCCAUGCUUCACAUCAUGAUGACGACACCGCCAGGCUUUACGUCAUGAUGCUGCCACCACCAUGCUUCACAUCAUGACGAUGCCACCACCAUGCUUCGCAGUCAAAAUGGUGUGUGAAUUACACGUGAAAUAUUCCUUCCAUUUCUUAAUGAUGGUCUUAACUGAAGUCCAAGCUAUCACUUAUUUUACAUUUUGUAUCAUUAAUUGAUAACUCAGUUUGAAAUAGUUUUUUGUUUUAACACAAAGGAGCUUUUUUGGUAAAUUCUUAAGUUAUGACCCGAUGUUGAAAAGCAAUUAAAGGGAGGAAAAUACUUUUCAUAGACACUGAAUAUAAUCCCAAUCUGGGCAAGGACACGAUGGACGUCCAUGACCUGCAAGGCGAGGGUUCCACAACAUUUUGAUACUCAGUAAAGAGGAAAUUAGCAACUUGGAAUCUCGCUGCUGUUUCUCAAGUCUUCCACCUACAUUUACCUUUGAUAACCAGAACCUUUGACUCAUGUAUGAGCUUAGUUCCAACUUAUUUCUUUGAACAGCAUUGUCAAACCCACAGAUUUUAUGAUGGUAUCCUAAAAACAGCUCACCCAGUAGGGCUCAGCCAGCAGUAAAUAUGCUAACAGAUUAGCACGUUAGCCCUGUCUCCCAUCUGACCCUCAAUCUGCGGGUCAAGUCAGUCCCUGGAGAGUCUCCCAGGCGACGACCGACUGCCAAACACGCUCCAGAACAUGAUGGUUUCUGAACCUCUGUACAUGUGUUUUGCAGAAAACUCUGCAGCUUUUGGAGAAAGACGUCACGGAGAACAAGGCAGGUCUGCCUCGGGACAGGAAGCAGCAAAGAUUAUGUGUUCCUUUUCUGGGUUGAUUGUGAUUAUUGUGAAAUGCUACACAUAGCGCUUUUAAGCAGGUCAUGUGUGGGCCAUGUCCUAUUUAUGUUGACGAAUCCAGUGUGAAGAGUUCUGUGAAAUGUCUUUUUUCCAGCUGUGUUGAACUGUUGCGUAGAUGGUUUUCACAGUUUUACCUCCAGGAUUCAGAGCAAGUUUGGUGCAAGAGCCAAAGAGAUUUAUAGGUUUUGUAGUGAAAAGCUUUUGUGUGCAGUCGUGAACAAAGCAAACUGUAAAGGCUUUCCGUCUUGCACCAAACUCUGUAGGCAGCAUACAUCUCCAUAACCGAGCCGUAAUGUACAGGGCCGUCGGUGUGAAUCUGUCACUUCAUGAUAGACCGUCCAGUUGCCUGGCGGUCGCUGGGUCACUUCCUCUCUGGAAAUAACGUCCUCAACGUUGUCCUUGGAGAGUUGCCGAAGCUUGGGCUGCUCCAGGGAGCUGUUCACCCUUCACCUCUCUGGAAAUUAGCUGCGUAAAUGUGCCGCAUGCGAGUCUCAUGGGGGCGAACGGAGGAAAUAAAUCCUCGCAGUAAGUGAACGUUGCAGAUUCUUAAAAAGAAAAGGCAGGUUGUGAAUCACCACGUUGAUGGAAAAUGGAUUUUGUGGGCUGAUUGAUGUAAAUCUAACGGAGCCUGAUUCCAAACGUCUGAGUCUGAUUGAGGCUGUGUGUCCACCAAAGUGUUGUUUUGGAAGCAUCUUUCAGCUAAAUAACAUCCCAAUUAACUGGCUCACCUGGUUGACCCAAUUAACUGCUCCUCCUAAGCAUCAUUUUUUUAUAUUUUUGAAGACGUAGCGCAGGAUGGGAUGGAGAUAGAUGCUAAGAAAACAACAGUAUUAACACUAAACCCUGGCAGUUUCUGGGCGGUUUUUAUCUGCGUCCAUCACAUUUUUCUUCACUCUGGCUCAUUUUUAACUGCAAUAUAAAAGUCCUGCAGCUUUAUGGAAACAGAACAACCAUGAGGAAGGAGAAAUCACUCAAAAACAGUUAAGAAAGAUGCAAAAAUAACAGAGAAAACUUACGCAAAGACACAAAAAAGCAAAAAUUACACCAAGUUACUACACUGUCGGUAGCUGGUACCACCACCAAGGAAAAAUGAAGGCUCUACAUGCAAUGGAUAUUAUACAACAUACAUUUUGAAAUUGUUCGUAUACUGUCUGCUUUGUCUACACACUGUGUGCAGUUCAGCUGAAAGAGUUACUGAAGUUUUGUCAUGUGACUGUUGGUUACAGAUGAGUCGUAAGAUGCUUCACAGUUGCGUCAAAAAGUGAAGAAUUUUUUGUUUUUGAUAAAAUCUGGGCAACAGCCAGCGAUUUAUUUGUGACUCAUUUUAAAAUGGAGACAUGCAGAAUAAAUGAGAUGUUUUGUUUUUUUGGUAUUAGUCCCGUCUUGUUUCCACUGUGAUUGGAUGGCUGGGUAAGAAAUGACACAGAUAAAUGCAGGAUUUUACCCAAAGCUGAACAUUUUUCAAACCCAAGAAAUGAAAUAAAUAAAAUACACUGUCCUCAUUAGAAACCACUUUUAUGGACACAGUCCUAAGAAGACACUGUUAUCUUCGUGCUAUUCUGACUUCCCAAAUGUAGACUAUGGGUACAUCUGAGUAAGCUUUUUCAAAAUCAAGAAGUCAAAAAAUUCUGGCAAAGAUUUGGAUUGUGUCAUAAAAUUUCCCCAAGAAUACAUCAAAAAUAUUUUAAAACUUUACUCUCAGAACUACUAGUAAUUUGCACUGGUCAUCUAUUUUUUUCCUAAACCCUCUAAACCCAAAACCAGCCAGCAAACUUGAAAGUUUUCUUUACUUGCCUGGAAAAUCCAGACUGACUUUAUUUAUCUAUUAAUAUAAAUACAAAUAAAGGCAGUCUGGCAUUGUGAUGAUAGGAGACGAUUUCAAAAAGGAGGGGCUAACGAAUGCAGCUUGAACGAGAAAGAACCAAUCAGCGUAACACGGAUGUGACGCACAAACAAAUCGACCUUGAAGUCCAUGUAGUCCAAACAACAAUGGCAUGCAGCCGAGAAAGCGUUGCGGUGAAUGAUUACUGCCGUUUUUGUCACAAAAAUCUGCGAAUACAUGGGGUACUCUCAAGUACAACACUUAUUUUUGAAAAGGCUACGCAACAAAAGACUCCUUCCGGACGAUUAGCGGUGUUAGGAAUGACUUUGUUAAUGUUUGUGUUUGGUUACAGGAGGUACGCAGGUGUUUUAUGGGUAAUCCAGGCGCUGAAGAUGACGCAGCAUUAACUCCUGCCUCCCGUGCUAUGAUUGGUUGUACCAAACUUUCCCGGGAGGGAAACGCGAUUCAAUUCGCCCAAUGCCAAACUGAUUCUCCUGUAUCUCCUAACAUGGAGAUAGGAGAUUACAUGGAGAUUCAGUUUGGAUUUUCCAAGCUACUUCUUUAUGUUAACACAGAAAUUGUCAAAAUUAUACCCAGAAAGAAUCUUUCUCUUCAGUAAAGCAGUCAAAAAUACGCUAAAAAUUGUGACGGUUUAUGAUUUUAAUCUUUGUCACUUAAAAAAAAUGCCAAAAAUGAAGCUUAUGCACCAAAUCGUUUGAAGAAAUCAAAACAAACUUGGGUUUUCAAUGCAACUACGAGGUCAUGACCAACACUCACGUAACAAAAAUCGAUGACCAGAAACUGCUUAGGGUUUAAAGCCUUAACCUUUAUUUAGGCUUAUUGAGUAAAAGCAUCUCUUUUACAAGAGUCAUGACAAUUUAAAUAAGGUUUAGACUGAGCGUGUAUUAUAGUAAUAAAGUCAAUCAAAUAAAGGACACCUGUCAAUCACAAGGUUGAUCCAUCCCUAAACAUACGCUGCUUUAUUGUCUAUUUUCCUCCAAAUGUUGUUAGAAUUUACAAAAUUAACGUCAUGAUGUUUUAAAGGAGACUACAAACUAAAGAUUGAGACCAAAAACUCACUAGGGAAACAUUUACUAAGGUAACAAAUUGAGCAAGAAGCUGGGUCAUUGACAUUUGACUUCUUUUGCAGCCAAAUGAGUCGCCCCUGCUGGCUGUUAGAACAAAAUGCAUGUUUAAGGCUUUACUUUUCAGAUCCAUAGUUGAUAUGCAGUCUGAGUUCAUAACAUGUACAUCCAAAAUGUAUUGUAUCUGCCUUCAAGUCACAUAAAGUUGAUUUGUAUUCAUUGACUGAUUCCAGCUUUUUAAGAUUCAGGUACGGAUCAGUGUUUCCUGUCAGAGGGGUUUAACUCUCUUUGGUGAAGACUUUGUAAGUUUGCAGUCUUUGACAUUCACAAAAAAGCAGCUUUUUGACACACUGAAGGAACAGGAGGAACCAAAGAAGCAGAAUAUGGUUUCUUUAAGUCUGAUCAUGAGCCUAUAAACUGGAGUUUGAGCUUAAAACUAGCAAAUCAUGCUAAUAGUUCAAACUACAUCUGUAAAUGAGCAGUAAAAUGAACUAACAAGAGAUUCCUUUUACAUUAGUUUUUGAAAUCACUGUUCACAUCAGACUAGGCUGUAAAAAAAAAGAAGUGGAGAAAAACAGUAAGAUGACUGAAAUUAAAGUACAACACAAAACAAUUAAUGUAAAUUUUCAUUACUCAUUUUGCAAAGAAACUGGUCUUUUACAGAUUGUCCCUGUUUUGUUAAAUUACAGAUAUUGUCUACACUGUUAAAAUCUGUAAGCAAAUGGUGAAAAUCUGAAAAUAACCACAAUCAUUUCACAAAACAGGGAAAAUCUGUAAAAUAACAGUAAAUUGUUAAAAUGCUUUAUUAGCAUAACAUUUAAAAUAACUGUUGAUUUGUUAAUUUACAGAUAAAAUCUGUAAUUUUACAAACAUUUAUGUACAAUUUUACAGAAAACAACAGUGAUUAUUUCUUUUCAUUUUUUACAGUGUAGCAGCUUUUGCUCGUUGAAAUAAAGUCAAAAUAAUUUUACAGUCAAACAUUUUUUUCAUUCAGUAUUAAGAAAAUUAGAUUUUAUAUUAAUUUAAUUUGGCUUUAUUGGCAUAAUGUUUAAAAUAAUUGCUGAUUUGUUAAUUUACAGGUAAAUUUACAAACAUUUAUAUGCAAUUUUACCAAGAACUACAGUAAAAUUUCAGAGUUAUUUUCCAUAAAAUUAAUAUUAUUGUCUUUUACAGUGUAUUGGAGGCACAUGUUUGGUGUUUUGGUUGAGAAUCAGGUAUAAAAUGUGACAGAAAGCAGCUGCCGAGGUUCCUGAUGUUACGUAAACGUGGAGGAUUGAACCAGCCGGGAUUAAAUUGGCCGGCGGGACCAAAGGGAGGUUUUCGGGCGUGGACGUAAUCCGAACAUGAGUUUUUAAGCUGUGAACUGAAGGUCUGGGGCAAGUCUGGAAUCGUCUGAUGUAAACACGACUGGAAGUCAUGUUCUGUCUGAAUGUAUUUACUGACAUAUAUUUAUCUAUGUAUUACA